GCGUUGACAGCGUAAAUAUCAGUCCCGAGCAGAGACUUCAGCGCGCGAAUUUUCAGACGUUGAAUUCUUCAAGUGGAGAAAGACACAGACAGGAGUUGGUCGUGGCCAUGGAGUUGAAUUCAGUGCUUUUGACGGCGGGUGGCUCUAUUGGAUUUUUUAAACUUGUCAAUUGUGGUGUCAGUAAACUCCCUAUACCCGAGUCUGCGUGCAGAAACGCCUGGAAAUGGAGAAAUGUAUGCACAUCUUUGACACACAGUCUGAUAACUGGGAUAUGGGCUGUACUGUGCUUUUUCGUACACCCACAGAUGGCCGAAGAUUUGAUAGGAACCCAUUCUGUGUUCUCGCAUGCGUUGGUUUCUGUAUCAAUCGGUUACUUCAUCUAUGACUUCCUUGAUAUGGUGCUCAACCAGAAGAUGAUCCUGUCAUGGGAGCUCCUAUUCCAUCACACAGUGGUGAUCAGCUGUUUUGGCAUCGCCGUCCUGACCGGUCGCUACGUUGGCUUUGCUGUGGUGGCCCUCCUGGUUGAGAUCAACUCUGUGUUCCUCCACCUACGCCAGAUCUUACGCAUGGCCAGCCUAGCAGCGGGCGACCUCUACCGCAUCAACAGCAUGGUCAACCUAGGUACCUACGUGGUGUUCCGGAUCAACACCCUGGCCUGGAUGACCCGCUGGCUGGUCCUGAACCGGGACAACGUCCCCCUGUUCAGCUACACAGCUGGGAGUGUAGGGCUUGCCGUCAUGACCGCCAUGAAUAUAGUCCUCUUCUACCGCCUGCUGAGGUCUGACUUCCUCAAGAGUAGUGCACCCAUGCCCACAGAGGUUAAAGAGAGUAGAGGGCAAGGAGAGGGAAAGAAGGAGACGUAGUGUGGGAUAAUCUCUCUCCUGUUUUGGGGUACAGGCAUUUGCAAUUCACACAAGUCCAUUGAAUGAUAGCCAAAAAUACACGUAUGUAUAAAAUAUACAAUUCUACUAUUCAUUACAUUUGAUGUUUUACAGUGCAUUCGGAAAGUAUACAGACCCCUUGACUUUCGCCAUAUUUUGAUACGUUACAAUCAUAUUCUAAAAUGGAUUACAUUUUUUCCUUAUCAAUCUACACACAAUACCCCAUAUGACAAAGCCAAAACAGGUUUAGUCAUUUUUGCAAAUUAAUUUGAAAAAACACGGAAAUAUCACAUUCACGUAAGUAUUCAGACCCUUUACUCAGCACUUUGUUGAAGCACCUUUGGCAGCUAUAACAACCUUGAGUCUUCUUGGGUAUGACGCUGC